AUGAGACGUGUCACCUUUGGAGGUGCCACCACGGGAGGAGACACCAACACGGCGAGUGUCACCACCGUGAGGAAUGUCACCAUGGGAAUUGUCACCAUGAUGAGUGUCACCGUGGGAAAUGCCACCGUGGGAAUUGUCACUGUGACGGGUGUCACUGUGGGAAUUGUCACUGUGGGAGAUGCCACCACUCUUGGAGAUGUCACAAUUGCAGGUGCCACUGUGGGAAAUGUCACCGUGGGAUGUCCCAAUGUCACGGCGGGAUGUCGCAGUGUCACCGCAGGUUGUCCCAGUGUCACCGUGGAUUCUCCCAGUGCCACCGUGGGAUGUCCCAGUGUCACCGCAGGUUGUCCCAGUGCCACCGCCGGUGCCACCCCGGGCCGUGUCCCCGCUGUCCCCAGCCCUGUCCCCUCGGCGCCGCAUGUCCAGGCCGUGCCAGCGGUCACUCAGGCCCGAGGGUGGCCGGAGGCGUCCAGCGAUGUCACCAUGGUCACCAUGGGAAUCCUGGUGUUCCCCCUGUCCCCAGGCCUGGCCUUUGACCCCUGGGACCUGGAGUUCUACACGAAGCUGUUCCAGAAGGCCGGCAGGAACCCGACCUCGGUGGAGCUCUUCGACCUGGCCCAGAGCAACAGCGAGCACAGCCGUCACUGGUUCUUCAAGGGUCACCUGUCCCUGGACGGCCGCCCCUUACCUGGGUCCCUGUUCCAGCGGCUGAUGGACACGCAGAGCUCCUCCCACGGCAACAACGUCAUCAAAUUCUGCGACAACAGCAGUGCCAUCCGCGGAGUCCCCGUGGCCGCGCUGUGGCCGCAGGACCCGGCCGGGCCGAGCCCCUUCGAGAAGAGAACGAGCGUCCGGCACGUGACCUUCACGGCAGAGACUCACAACUUCCCCACCGCUGUCGCCCCCUUCUCCGGUGCCACCACGGGCACUGGGGGUCGCAUUCGGGACGUUCAGUGCACGGGUCGUGGCGCUCACGUCAUCGCGGGCACAGCCGGCUACUGCUUCGGGAACCUGCUCGUCCCCGGCUAUGAGCAGCCCUGGGAGGACCCCCUGGCCCCCUACCCCUCGUCCUUCGCCCGGCCCCUGGACGUGGCCAUCGGGGCCAGCGACGGCGCCAGCGACUACGGCAACAAAUUCGGGGAGCCCCUGCUGGCAGGUUUUGCCCGCUCCUUUGGGCAGGUCCUGCCCGAUGGGCAGCGCAGGGAGUGGAUCAAACCCGUGAUGUUCAGCGGGGGAAUCGGAGCCCUGGAGGACGAGCACGUCAGGAAGGAGAGCCCCGAGCCAGGGAUGCUGGUGGUGAAGUUGGGGGGUCCCGUCUACAGGAUCGGCGUGGGGGGAGGGGCCGCCUCCUCCAUCCAGGUGCAAGGUGACAACGAGGCCGAGCGGGAUUUGGGGGCUGUGCAGAGGGGGGACCCCGAGAUGGAGCAAAAACUGAACCGAGUCCUGAGGGGCUGCGCCGAGAGCGGGAACGGGAACCCCGUGAGCUCCAUCCACGACCAGGGGGCGGGGGGCAACGGCAAUGUCCUGAAGGAGAUCUCAGAACCAGCCGGGGCUGUCAUCUACGCCAGCCGCUUCCAGCUGGGUGACCCGUCUGUGAGCGUGCUGGAGCUGUGGGGCGCCGAGUACCAGGAGUCCAACGCGCUGCUGGUGCGGCCGGCGGCGCUGGCGCUGCUGCGGCGCCUCUGCGAGAGGGAGCGGUGUCCCCUGAGCGUGGUGGGGACCGUCACCGGGGACGGACGGAUCGUGCUGGUCGAUGACCUGGCGUCCCCUGUGCCCGAGGGGGGAUCCCACAAGGGGCUCCCCACCCCCGUCAACCUGGAGCUGGAGUGGGUGCUGGGCAAGAUGCCCCAGAAGGAGUUCCAGCUGUCGCUGUCCCCGCUGCCCCGGCGCCCCCUGGCGCUGCCCCCGGCGCUGUCGGUGCGCGCGGCGCUGGAGCGCGUGCUGCGGCUGCCGGCCGUGGCCAGCAAGAGGUACCUGACCAACAAGGUGGACCGCUCGGUGACAGGCCUGGUGGCCCAGCAGCAGUGCGUGGGUCCCCUGCACACGCCGCUGGCCGACGUGGCGGUGGUGGCCCUGUCGCACUUUGGGGACACGGGCGCGGCCACGGCCAUCGGCGAGCAGCCGGUCAAGGGGCUGCUGGACCCGGCGGCCGGAGCGCGGCUGGCGCUGGCCGAGGCCAUCACCAACCUGCUGUGGGCACGGGUGACGCACCUCAAGGACGUGAAGUGCUCGGGCAACUGGAUGUGGGGCGCCAAGUCCGGCUCGGAGGGGGGGGGGGCGCUGGUGGCCGCGUGUGACGCGCUGGUGGCCGCCAUGCACCGGCUGGGCGUGGCCAUCGAUGGCGGCAAGGACUCGCUGAGCAUGGCGGCCAGAGUGGGGACAGAGACCGUGCUGGCACCUGGUGCCCUGGUGAUCUCGACCUACGCCGUGUGCCCCGAUGUCACCGCCACUGUCACCCCCGACCUCAAGUGUCCCAACGAGCGCGGUGCGCUGCUGUGGGUGCAGCUGAACCCGGGCCAGCACCGCCUGGGUGGCUCCGCCCUCGCCCAGGUGUUCGCUCAGGUGGGCGACACCUGCCCCGACCUGGACGAGCCGGGGCGGCUGCAGAGCGCCUUCGAGGUCACCCAGGAGCUCAUCAAAGAGCGUGUGCUGACCGCGGGCCAUGACGUCAGUGACGGGGGUUUGCUGGGCUGUGUCCUGGAGAUGGCGUUUGCUGGAAACUGCGGCGUCACCGUCACCCUGCCAGCGCCACCGGCCGGAGCCACCCUGAUGUCCCUGCUCUUUGCUGAGGAGCCGGCUCUGCUGCUCGAGGUUCCCACGGUGGCCGCUGUCCCCGUGUGUCGCCGCUACCAGGACGCCGGUGUCACCUGUGUCCCCAUUGGCCACAGCGGCCCCUACGGCCCCCGGGCCAUGGUGACAGUGUCAGUGGGCGGCCAGGAGGUGCUGGCAGAGCCCGUUGGGGACCUCAGGGGACUCUGGGAACAGACGAGUUUCCGCCUGGAGCGGCUGCAGGCGGCGCCCGAGUGCGUGGAGCAGGAGGAGCAGGAGCUGGGGACACGCUGGGGACCCGAGUACAGCGUGACCUUCGACCUCGAGGGGCCAGCGCCGGCCAGGAGCCUGGAGCUGCCAGGGCCUCGUGUGGCUGUGCUGAGGGAGGAGGGGAGCAACGGGGACCGGGAGAUGGCAGCGGCAUUCGUCAUGGCAGGAUUCCAGGUUUGGGAUGUGACCACCCAGGACCUUUGCUCGGGCUCGGCCUCCCUGGAUGGAUUUCGGGGUCUGGUGUUCGUGGGGGGCUUCAGCUACGCCGACGUCCUGGGCUCUGCUAAAGGCUGGGCCGCCUCCAUCCGCUUCAACCCCAAGGUGCGAGCGGCGCUGGAGCGAUUCCGGACACGGCCGGACACCUUCAGCCUGGGCGUGUGCAACGGCUGCCAGCUGAUGGCACUGCUGGGCUGGGUGGGGACAGCGCCAGGUGCUGGCACUGUCCCCGCGGGCGCGGUGGCGCUGUCACGGAACCUCUCCGGGCGCUUUGAGUCGCGAUUCGUGACGGUUCGGGUGGAGCCGGGACCGGCGCUGAUGCUGCGGGGCAUGGAGGGGGCCCGGCUGGGCGUGUGGGUGGCGCACGGGGAAGGCCGGUUCGAGUUCCGGCCGCCCUCGCUGCUGACCAGCGCUGUCCAGUCCGGCCUGGCGCCGCUGCGCUACGUCGAUGACCGCGGCGUCCCCACCGAGCGCUACCCGCUGAACCCCAACGGCUCCGGCCAGGGCGUGGCCGCGCUGGUGUCGCCCUGCGGCCGCCACCUGGCCGCCAUGCCGCACCCCGAGCGGGCAGUGCGCGCCUGGCAGUGCCCCUGGGCCGGCCGGAGCGCGGCCGCCGCCGGACACAGCAAGGCCGGACACGGGCCCUGGCUGAGGAUGUUCCGCAACGCCCUGCACUGGUGUCAGCAGUGGCCAGAGGGGGAGAAGUGACCACUGAGUGACCACUGAGUGACCAAUGAGUGACCAAUGAGUGACCAACUGACCAACCCAUGGAUACCCCCUCGGAGACACUGACCACUCACUGACCACUCACUGACCACCCAACGCCCUGCACUGGUGUCGGCAGUGGCCAGACGGGGAGAA